AUAUUACACACCAAACGCUAACCGUUUUUUUUAUAAUGAACGCGGUUAUCAAAGAUCAGUUGAAUCAAAGCAGGCAAGCGUAUCAAUUACAUUUUGAUAUAAAGUUAAACAGAAAAUAAACUAAUGAGUAACAUGUGAUGAACAGAUUAAAAUAUAUAUAUUGCACACAUAUAUACACAUUCACAUCAACAUUAUUCUGUAAAUAAUUGACAAGGUCAAAAUACGUGUGGUUAAAAUGACUCGAAAUGAAUAAAAUUUAAUUGGUCCGUCUAAAAGUUAGAAUAAUCCAUGUACUCAUAACAUGGUAUCAUCACACGUUACAUGGUUAUAAUAAUAAUAUUCUAAAUUACUAUAAAUAACAUUUGUAACAUUUGUAAAAAUUUAACUGGAACUAAUUAUUUUGACCAAGUGUAACAUUGAUCAUUGAAGAACAAUGUUGAAACAUUCAAAUACUGUUAGUGUUUAUCAAUCAAAUGAAACUUCUAAAAUGUCUACCGUUUUUACAUUGAAAGAUUUAAUUCAAACAAUCAGAGGAUUAUUUGAUGAAGAUCAAGUGGAUGUGAAUAAAGUACAAACUGUUUUGGAGAAUUUCGAAUGUGAUUUUUCUGAAUGGGAAAAAUAUAUAUUUUUUAAUAAAACAGGAUAUACACGUAAUUUAAUUGAUGAAGGCAAUGGAAAAUAUAAUCUCUUAUUAUUAUGUUGGAAUAAAAAUGAAGGCACAGGUGUACAUGAUCAUGCAGGAUCGCAUUGUUUUGUCAAAAUUAUCAAAGGUCAAUUAAAAGAAACUAUUUUCGAUUGGCCGAAAAACUUCGAUGCAGAGAAAUCAAAUAAUUCUUUCAUGAAUCAGUCGGAUUGUCCAUUAGUCGUGAAAUCAAUGGGAUUAAUGAAUCUUGGUGAAGUUACUUACAUGCAUGAUAACAUUGGAAUACAUCGUUUAUACAAUCCAAGUAAAACAGAAACUGCUAUCUCGUUACAUUUAUAUUGUCCACCUUAUACAGAAACUAUGAAUUUUGACGAGUCUACUUCAAUAAUGCGAAAAGUGAAUGUGACAUGUCAUAGUAAAUUUGGUAAACAAAUAAUUUAAUGAAUAAAUAAGAAUCAACAAGUCUCAAUUUUGUUACGUUGAUUAUUAAUUACUUGAAAACUGUAUUCACAUCACAAUGUGAAACGUUCAUAAUUAUUAAUUUGAAAGUGAAAAAUAAUCAUUCAUCAUAACUUAACAAUUCAAACAAAACAAAACAAUACAAUACAAUUGUUCAAUUUUCAAUAUACCAAAAAAACAAUUAGUACAUCUUAUAAUUAGUUAGUUAUUUAGUUAUGUAGUUUUUCUAAUGUGUGUGUGUGUGUGUGCGAGUAAUGACUUUUAAUUUGCUUCAAAAUACAUUAAUGGAAUAAAAA